GGGGGAGGAGGAGGAGGUGGUGGAGCUAAUCUCAAAAGCAAGCCAAAUAAGAUACGGGUUUACGGUCUUCUGGCUUUCUGUCGUUUGUUUGAGAUCGAGAAGUCUGAUCGGCAGAUGGGGAGAGGGAAGAUCGUGAUCAGGAGGAUCGACAACUCGACGAGCCGGCAGGUGACGUUCUCGAAGCGGCGGAAUGGGCUGUUCAAGAAGGCCAAGGAGCUGGCCAUCCUCUGCGACGCCGAGGUCGGCCUCAUUAUCUUCUCCAGCACCGGCCGGCUCUACGACUUCGCCAGCACCUGCAGCAUGAAGUCCGUGAUCGAAAGAUACAACAAGGCAAAAGAGGAGCAUCAUCUAUCCAUGGUUCCAUCUUCGGAGGUUAAAUUCUGGCAAAGGGAGGCAGCAAACUUGAGGCAGCAACUGCACAACUUGCAAGAGAAUCAUCGGCAGUUGAUGGGAGAAGAGCUCUCUGGCUUAGGCGUUAAGGACCUACAAAAUUUGGAGAAUCAGUUAGAAAUGAGUUUGCAUGGUGUGCGAAUGAAGAAGGACCAACUUUUAAUUGAUGAAAUUCAAGAACUAAAUCGGAAGGUUGUGCAACAUAGACGACUUUUAUUUUACGUCAAAUGUGAUGCAUGUCAAUCAGCUAAUCUUGCAAUGGUUUCAUUACAGGGAAGUCUCAUACACCAAGAAAACAUAGAGCUUUAUAAGAAGGUAAACCUCAUUCGUCAAGAAAACAUGGAAUUAUAUAAGAAGGUUUAUGAAACAAAUGGGGUAAGUGGUGUCAGCAGCACAAUACCAACUCCAUACAAUUUUAGCAUUACAGAGGAUGCAGAUGUUCCUAUUCAUCUCGAACUAAGCCAGCCACAACAACAACCUGAUGGGAUGCAAUCUGGAGCUCCCAAACUAGGACUUCAACUGCACUAAGAAGAUGAUCCACAAGUCAUGAUUGCUUAUCUGUGGUAUUCCAUUUAUAGUCCAAGGGAUACGAGUGUAUGCAGCAGGUAUCAGCAUUUCUUGAAUAAGCAAGAGCAUCAUCAUAUUGAGCUAUGUAUUUAUAACUCACAUGGAUUAAUUGAAGCACCCAAUUAUUGUGUAAAAGUGUGUUGCAAUAAAAAUGAGAUACAAAAAGAUUUAGUAUAA